AUGCAGGCCGUACGCAAAAAGCGAAAUUUCAAAAACCUUGCCUUAGAUAACUCUCCCCUGGUGGCUGUACCGCCUUCAGACCUUAGUGUCAAGUCAGGCAAACAAGAAGAAUACGAUGAGCUCUACAAAGACUUGAGCGAUCUACAGAUCGGGCUGGAAUUAAGACUUGAUCUACGGACCGAGGAUCUUGAAACACUUGAAGAACUCGGUGCUGGAAAUGGAGGAACGGUGACAAAGGUGAUGCACAUCCCUACCAAAACUAUAAUGGCGAAAAAGACAAUAUAUCCUCAAUCAUUACUCGAUUCGCCUGCCUUUGCACGUAUCUCACUUAACGCCCCUGACCCAGCCACAGUUGAUCAGGGGUUUCCGUCACGACCAGAGAAGUCAGUGUCUAUGCCAGCUUCCAAGGGAGCUAGUGCCCCACCAAAGCAGCCCGAGCGUGUUGCAACGCAGCGUCCAGCACGGCAAAGAAAUCAACAGUUAGAUCAGAGGUUGAUGGUUCGACGUCAGAUAAUGCGAGAAAUGCAGUUUCUACAUGACUGCAACUCUGAGCACAUUGUCAGUUUCUACGGGGCAUUUAUGAACGGAGGUGAUAUAUCCAUGUGUAUGGAAUACAUGGACGUAGGCUCACUUGACAAAAUCUACAAGGAGAGUGGACCUAUACCCAUGAAUGUCCUAAAAAAGAUUGCUUAUGCAAUUGUAGAUGGCCUGAUUUAUCUAUAUGAUAGUCAUCGUAUUAUUCAUCGAGAUUUAAAACCCUGCAACGUCCUCGUAAAUUCUGCUGGUCAGAUCAAAAUAUGCGAUUUUGGUGUCUCAGGCCGACUGAUUGAUUCGGUGGCCAAUACUUUUGUCGGCACUAGUUCAUACAUGAGCCCGGAGCGAAUACUCGGGUCGCCGUAUUCAGUAAAAUCAGACGUUUGGUCGAUUGGAAUUACUCUUAUGGAGCUGGCUCUAGGGCGGUUUCCGUUUGCCCCAGAGAAUAAACCCCUGGCAAUCUUUGAGCUCUUGCAGCAUAUCGUAAAUGAACCAGAACCAACCCUACCAAAGCAAGGAAAUUACCCUGAAGAUCUUCACAAUAUCCUUGCCUUGUGUCUUGUCAAGGAUGUGAACAAACGAGCUACUCCAGCAGAUCUUAUGAAAACACCCUAUCUUCUGUCAGCUAUGUCGCUCAAAGUGGAUCUUGAGCACUGGGCAAAGAGUCACUUGAAAUAAAUUACAAUACAUUCAAUCUC